UUCGGAAUCUCUCAAAACCACGGUCAUAUUAAUGGCACUCGCUCGUCCAACUACCAAACUGCCUCCCGGAGCGAACCGUAUUCUAUUCGUGAAGAAUCUGAACUAUCAGAUCACUGGGGAUGACUUGUACGACCUCUUCGGCCGUUAUGGCAGUAUACGUCAGAUUCGGAUAGGCAGUGAACAGAAAACCCGUGGAACAGCGUUCGUCGUCUUUGACGACGUCAUGGAUGCGAAAAAUGCAUUGGAUCACCUCAACGGAUUCCAUUUGCAAGAACGCUAUAUUGUGGUCCUUUACCAUAUGCCCGCGAAGCAAGAUGCUGCCGCGGCAAAAGCGGACUUGGCUCGUCGCGAAGAGGAGUUGGCUCAGUUAAAGAAGAAACACGACAUCAACGACGAAGAUUGAAUAUGUUUGGCCCUCGUCAUUACGCUUCUUGCCCACUUGUAUCACUGUAGGAUUUAUCGGAACUGUAACAUGCUGACCCGUCAAUUCAUGCCGCUUCUAUAACGCAAUCGACUCUAGCCGUCACUAAGGCGUCUGUGGCCAUGAGACCGAAAGAGCCGCCGUUAAUGAAUCGGGAAUUUGGGCCGCAGUCAUCUAUUGAACGUGCUUAAAUCUGCUCUCCACGAGCCGAUGACCAUAUACAUUGUAGUAGUUUCAAGAAAGAGUGCAGAUUCAUUACAUUGUCGAUAACUACGAGCUUCUAUCAGCGGCCGAGUAACUCUUCUCCUCACACGGUUCGAUGACCUGCCGCAAUGCAGUUCGGACAAACGCUGUC